CUUCCGGAGUAUCCUGUGGUCCGAUAGCUCAUUUCCAAGCAUUGGUAAGUGAUGUGUAUACAUUCUUGGCUUGCUUUCGGUGGAGUCUGCUCUUGGGACUACGAAGAUGAGCGGUGAGAUCAACUAGAGAGAAUCAUUGUACUGUAGGCGGAGAAGUAUUCUGUGCUAGCAAUUAUCCUCACUUUUGCGUCUAUAAAGCCUUCAAGAUGACUAUUUCCGCUCUUUGUAUCGCCUUGACGGCUGUCGUUGGAAUUGCCAUUGCCGAUGCCGUGCCGUUCGAAAGGCUGGAUAUCAACAAUUCGGUCCUCUUGAUUGUUGAUGAACAGGUUGGCCUUUACCAUGUGGCCAGGGACUUUGAUCCAACCUUGUUUUACAAUAAUAUCCUCGCUCAUUCAGCCAUUGGAAAUAUCUUCGACAUUCCUGUUAUCAUGACUACCUCUGCUCAAGAAGGGCCGAAUGGACCAUUGCCGAGGGAGAUUCUCGAGAUGUAUCCGAAUGCUCCUCUGAUACGCCGCAACGGAGAAGUGAAUGCUUGGGACAACGCCGAAUUUCGCGAAGCCGUCAGAGCUACCAAUCGCACACAGAUGAUCGUUGGUGGUAUCGUUACCGACGUUUGUACAAGCUUUCUCUCCCUGUCCCUUCGCGCCGAAGGCUACAGCGUUUGGGCCAAUGUCGAGGCUUCCGGUACAACUACUGAGCUUCUUCGUGAUACCGCCAACUUGCGAAUGCAUGCAGCUGGCGUUCAGCUGGUUUCGUGGUUUGCUAUCGUUAUGGACUUGAUGCGUGAUUGGCGCAAUCCUCCAGGUACUGCUGGCAUGCUUCCAGUGAUCGAAAAGUACUUUCCAGCGUAUGCAUUCAUUGCGAAAUCCCAUGGAGCUGCUGUCCAAAACGGGACAAUAAUUGACGGAGAGCAGCAGCUUUUGUAGACAACAUAUGCUGUCUCUCGGACUACAGGUUUGGCCGAGGACCACGACAGGACCAUCAUAGUGACU